CUGGACCUGAGCUUCUAUGGGGGGUGCACAGUUUUACAUUCAGAUGCCAUUGCAUGCAGGCUAUGUCACAUGCCAGAGUGGCAGUUGGAAUCAGAGGUCUAGAGACAAGUACCAGUGGCAGUUGGGAUCAGUACUUUGGUUUGUCUCAGACCAGAGAGCAUCUCUUGGGGAUUUGCGGAUUUCCAAGUGAUUCAAAGCGAUUUUACAGUGCGGAAAGGCGAUUUUUAUUUUUGCAGCUGAAAGCAAAUUCACAAACUUUAGUUGAGGUUGCUUUUGAAGAAAGAAGAAAACCAACUUUAGUCCAAUAUUUGAGAUCCUAUUGGUACCGUCAAGAUGAAGAGACGAAUCGACGACAGGAGCAGCACCGAGCAAAGAAGUGGGAGAAAAAGGAGCAAAAAGGUGAAAAAACACGGGAGCAGCUCAGACAAGGAGCAAAUAAAAAUCCAAGGAGGAAAAAGACCCCGACGCAGCUCCUCAACAGAACCAUCUCUCUCAGAAGGAGGAAGUGGAUUAAAGAGGCCCCGUGUGGAAGAAGAGCUUCCUCUCCCAGUAGCAAUCAGCAACUGCACCAUCCAUGCUGAGCUUGGGAGUGGAACAUUCGGCAAAGUAUGGUUGGUAUCUUUUCCUAACAGGAGCCAGCAUAUGGCCAUCAAGGUCAUCAAGAAGAGCGACAAGACCAACAUGUCCGACAUCAUCACUGAGGCCCGGGUACUGAAGACGGCUGCUGGAUGCCCCUACCUUUGCCAAGGUCAUGGAUCAUUCCAAACACAGCGGCAUGCUCUGCUCGCUAUGGAGUAUGUCAGUGGAGGGACCCUAAGAAAUGUCAUCAAGAAUGCCGGCCAGCUGGAGAAGGACUUAGUAACGUAAGUGACUUUAUGUGUUUGUAAUGGGGUAACAGAGCAGGAGCUGGCCUAGAGUACAUGCAGAAGGAAGGAUGGAAAGAGGUCAGCAUUCGGAAUCUUCAGCCAACUGAUUUUCAUCUUUUGUUUUUGUAAAGGAAAUCAGCUAGGGAAACUAUGUAUGUAAUAUAACUGUAAUGG